AUGAAAAUGCCGGGUGCAGAUCGUUUAUCCAAGUCCUAUGCUAUUGUAAAAAAUUUACAAAUUCGUUCGUUAAAAGUAAAUGGAUUGCCACUGACGAGAGAUGGUCCACAUAGCAGUUCCGUUGAUGAAAUAAUUGAACAGUUAGAAAUGGCAAAGCAGUCAAUUGGCAACGAAAUGGAAAAGCAAUUCAAGAUGAAUCCAAUAACAGAGACUGUACUAAAUGAAGAUCAGGAUUUGCCGGAUAAUUUUAAUGUACACAAUACUGAAUUGAAUGAUAAAUUUGAAGAUAUGCUUAGGCGUAUUGAUCAACUUCAACAACAAAUUGAAGCAGUUCGUAUGGAAUGUAAAGAAGAAAGAGCAAAUAGAUUGAAAUUAUCAGAAGAAAUGGAUCAAAAAUACAAUUAUGUACUCGAACGAAUUGCUUCUUUGGAGAAAAAAUUACAAGAGAGCUUUGGAAAUAACCAGAUAAACAUGGAUAUUACACAAAAUGCUUUGCCUUCCGAACAGACCUAUGAACUGAUCAACCAAAAUGAUGAUAAUAUUCCUUUGGUUGAUUCUGAGGAUAUUUCAAUCGACAACGAUAUUUCUAUAAUGCCUCAACUCGAAAAAGCUACAGAUUCUCAAUUAGAUGUUGAAAUUAUUGGCGAAGUCUUACAUGAUUAUAAGAUUGGAUUACCUGCGUUUAAAAAAGAGAGUGCAUCGAAUCAGCUUACUGAAUGGCCUGUUUUAACGUUGGAAAGUGAUUAUUCUGAAAAUAAUGAUAAAACCAGUUCACGAAAGACUGUAAGUUCUCAUACAUUCUCGGGUAUUGAACCUUAA